AUGAAUCCCUCGACACAGUCACUCGAUGUCACCUUGGAGGCACUUUCCGCCCUUUCGCUCAGAGGCGAGCGGAACCAACUGGAAACUCUCAUACAUGACUUCUUCUCCCAAACAUACAAAGCGGCCGCCGAGGCAAGACACAUCUGGGAAAGGGAAGGCUGGAAUGGAGAAGGCCUAUCAAACUACAUUACUUUGCUUUGCGGGAUAUUGAACUUUCCGGCUAUUCUGCUGCUCAACCCAAGUGGCUGGGACUAUCUUCCGUGGAACGAGAUGAUUGAGAACUCACCCACAUUGACAUGGCUUGAACAAGCUUUGGAGCCCUGGGGCUUCACUUUGAGGGAUAUCAUCAUCAUUGAUACGUUUCCUCUGUUGACGGAUCGGGAUAUGAAUUCUAUGGAAGAUGCUGAGAAGUUGCGAUUAUCCAGCGAGGUGUUCAACCUGACUGUCAGUUUUCUCCACCGGUUUAAACCACCAGUGAUGGUCUCGUGUCAGUGUGCGACCAAAACAUCCCACCCUCGUUGGGGUAUUGUGGAACACCCAGUUGCUGCGCUCCUUUGCUCCUCGGUUGGCGGUGCACGACGUCGAGAAGUGGCCCAACUGUCUGUGAAUGAGCGCAUCAUUCAUGUUGUUCAAGGGUUUCAUCCUAUGUAUAUUGAACGCACGGCAGAUCCAGAGAUACGUUCAGGUCUUGAUGAAACUCUCCACAGCAUAAUAGAAAAACUCUACCGGCCUUGUGCGGAAUGGAAGGAUCAGCGUGACCGGGAGUGCCAGGAAAACCUCCUCGUGGCUGCAAGAGAAGUCGACGCUACAAUGGCAGCUUUCCUGGAUAGCCUCACGGCGUACCGUCGUUGCCAGCGCCAAGCAGUCGGGUUUGAGACCAUUUCUGCUGAGCGAGGUACGCAUUAUAAGUUUUCCGACUGGGUACAGUUUAAGGCUAAAGUUCGCUCGUUCGUGUCCACUCUCUUGCCUGCGUCGUUGUGA